AUGAUCCUGCCCGCAACUGUCUUUGGACUCGCCACCACACUAUCAGGGCCGCUGCUCACGACGAACGACUCGCCCGAUUACUACGCCAUCCUCCGCCGGCUUCCACUGGUCAUACUUUCCACUUGGAUGGAACUGUUGGUCUUCGACCUCAGUAACCAACGCCAACCGGGAUCUGCCGUCGAGGACGCCGUCAACAAGCCAUGGCGCCCAAUCCCAUCCGGCCGCAUCAGCGAGGCAGCAGCACGCCAUCUCUUGAUGGCCGCCAUACCCGCCACAAUAAUCAAGAGCGUCCUCCUCGGCACCACUCUUGAAACACUAGUCUUCUUCAUCCUGACCUGGAUCUACAACGACCUCGCCGCCUCCGAAUCCCACUACCUCAUCCGCACCCUCAUCAACGCCCUCGGCAUCUCCACCUACUCCGCCAGCGCCGCCGCCGUCGCCGCGCGCAUCUCUGCCCCCCUCCCUCUCCCCCUCCACACCUACACCCUCCCCCUCGGCCCCGAUCACCUCACCAUCACCACCCCCCUCAUCCCGCGCUUCUACACCUGGCUCCUCCUCCUCUCCCUCGCCAUCUUCCUGACCAUCACAACGCAAGACCUGCCCGACCUGCCCGGCGACGCCGCGAAGGGCCGCCCGUCGAUGCCGCUGGCCAUCGGCGAGGCGCGCGCGCGGUGGAGCAUCGCGGCGGGCUUCGUCGGCGCGAGCACUGCUUGCUGCAAUUUCUGGGGCACGGGGUGGAUAGCUGGGUUUUUUAUCGAGGUUGCUACGGUAUUGAUAUUUACUGAUUACAUGGACAAGGGAAAGCUCUGUUAUUAG